AGCGACAGUUCACCGCCCAUCGGCAGGCCAGUCCGCUUCUCGACAGGUCCAAUGGCCGGUAUCGCUCUUCGCGCGGAGUUGGACGAAUUACAGAAGGCGAACUUGGGCCGCAGAUUUGCCUGGAAGGAUAAGAGAACGCUCGAUCCACCACCUGUCGUACGGUUGAGGCUGUUCGAAGUGAAUGAAGUAGACGCAUAUAGACGGAGAGAGCAGGAGAUCCGUGGCGACUUAGAGACAAAAUGUCAUGGCUUCGUCUGUCAAGCAGAUCUAUUCCCGAUACCGGAAGAAUAUUACGUUCAGAGCGCGCAGACCGAGUCCUUGGGUGCCUCGACCAAGUCGGGAACUUCGACAGCUGAAAUACAACGCGUCAUUCCUGUAAUGUCGCCUUCAAAUCAACGUCUUUGCCCGCACAGAGCCGUAACCCGAUUCACAUCCGAAUGGGGGUCCGGGCCAUCGCACGCGCCUCGAAAGCCGGCCUCACGUCCUCGAGGGGCCGCCACGGCACCCGCUGCCACUGCGACCCUUGCACACACCGACGUUGUUGCUCAUCUAGGCCAACACACCAUCACAGAAUGUUCUUCCUGCACACCGACCCUCGCAGGCGCAAAAUUCGUAUCCCCAUCGUGCAUUGACUACAAAGGUUCGAGCACGCUGAUAUUCGUUUACUCGGACCUGGCGGUACGAAUGACAGGUACAUUCAUACUGCGUUACCGGGUCUUCAACGUGCUUUCGGUACCCGCAGACAUGAGCAUGUUACCCGUUCUCGCAGAAUGCUACGGGGGAUGCUUCAAAGUCUACUCGACGAAAGACUUUCCGGGACUACCUCCGUCGACUGAGUUGACAAAGUACAUUUCGCUCUUCGGGGUGCGCUUGAACUCGCGCGAGCACGAACGGAAGAGACGGAAGAAGGCAAGCCCAUCAUCCGAUGCCAAGCCAUCUUCUCGUAUUGCCACCAGUUCUUCUCGAACCGUACCCUCGUCUCCGCCUUCUCCGGCAUGCUCUGACUCUUGCGAGUUGAGCGAUGUCGAUUGA